CUGCCUCUUGUAUGACCAGUUCGUAUUGUGGUUUUGGCGCAUUACUUUAACAUAUUUUUGUUAUUUAAUAAACAUUUAAAAAUUAAUAUGUAAUUAAACAUGAUUGGUGCAAAUAAAACAUCGUCAAAGACAAAAUGCCAGAAACGCUCUGGAAAGUUGGUUGUUUUAAAUGAAGAAGAGUUAAUACGGCAAGUAGCUAUGCGUCCAAUAUUGUAUGACAAAAAAAUGAAAGCAUAUAGAAAGUCUGGACUGCGUCACCAGCAUUGGGAGGAAGUUGGCAAUGCAAUGGGUGCGUCUAUUAUAGAGUGCCGCAGACGUUGGCGUUCAUUACGAGAUGCAUUUUCUAAGCAUUAUAAGUUUAUGUCAAAGACAACGAGCGGAGCAUCUAAGCGAAAGAAGUGGAUAUUUUAUGAUCAAAUGAGCUUUAUUGCGCCGUUUCUAGACAAAUCUAGUUGUAGUGUUGACGAUUUCAUUGAUGAUUACGGUGAUAAUUCAGAUGACAAUGCAAUAAUGCCUGCUUCAACUUCAGACAUGGACAAAGAGUUUGCACUUCAGUGCUCAGAUGAAUUGUUAAAUGAAUCUAAAGAAAUAACUGAUUUGAACAAGAGAGGUUUCACACAGCUACCGAGUUCCGCUUCAGUUACUGAAGACAAUGAUGUAAAGACUACACAAAGUACUAGUUUAUCAAAACUGUCAGCAAUGUCGGACGAAUAUAAACCUAGCACAAAUGAGCAUCGAAUAGAAGAAAAUCCUAAUACUGACACUGAUAGUGAUGAAAAGUUUUUAUUGAGCUGCGUUCCAAUAAUGCAACGAUUAUCAAGCCGAAAAAAUAGUUACGCUCGUCUUAAAAUAAUGCAAAUUCUAUAUAAUAUUGAGUUUGAAGAAACGGAUUUCUAUUGCUAUACAAAUUCUUGUUGACAUAUUUGACUGAUAAUGC